AGUAUUCUCGUGAAGGCGCCAAUCCAACGGUCGUGAUGCCAAAACAGGAUGGUUUUCAUUUUUUAGUCGUAAGUGUUAACGCCCAAAUUGUUUCUGCGGUUAAACGAAUACCGGCAGGCUCACUUAAAAACCCAAAAUUUCGUCGACAAGCUUACACAUGGCUUUUGCGCGCACCGAUUUUAGUGAGGAUAACUUUUCCUCGUAAGAUUUGUACCAACAUUUAUCGUGUUACUAGACUGGAACCGACGUGACACAUCUUUUUUCGAAAAAGUAGGUGUCUUGAAAAACUAUCCGGUGCUUGAAAARUAACUCGGCGGUGCUCAUGCCUUUUUCCAACGCAAACUACGUAAUCGUACUCAAUCGAAUACGGUUCCGUCCAUUACUUUUUUGGAUUAACUUCAACAGAACUAGUAAUUAGUAAAAACCACGAUAAAAACAGAGAAUUUCGUAAUUGAACACAACAAGAACUAGGUGGCCUGGGUAAUACACCACAUAUAUAUUUCGAACCACCUCAAGUACAAGGGUUUGUGGCGACCGCGACACGGAAAUCUUUCGAGAAACAAUGAGAAAGCAACGGGAAAACAAGGGGAAAGGGGAAAGCGGGAGCAAAGGGGCUCGCGUGGUAUUACCCCUCCAUCUGGGCGAUGGUCUGGAYAACUGGGGUAACGACGCCAUGGARAGUAACAGUUUCAACGGUAGCAUGAUCCGGAGCAAAAAGAAAAAGAAGAUGGACGCGUACACAUACUUUGUCCUUGAACUACAACACGCCAUGAAGUUUGGAAAAUCGAAGAGCUAUUCUCCYGAGUCCGCYGAUGCGUUGUUCCGUUGCCAACUCGAUUUGGAAGAUGGCUCCACGAUAGAUAACGGCAAAGAAUGCGACGAAACUGAAAAGACCGCAAAUAUUUGCCAAGACGAAAUUUCGUUUGUUGGAACCGACGAUUCAGACUCCUCUGACGACGAAUCAUGCAAGGUACAAACUUACCACAACAUCAUUGGUGCYACAAAGAAUGGUCAAGACAGCGCUUCAUACUUCUGGCGAAGGCGCCGUUAUGUUUUGAGGCGCCGGUGUGUUCUUACRCUAUUGGCGAUCCUCUCGGUCGUCCUGGUGACGCUUUUGGUAUUCCGAUUCGGUGGCUUCCUCAACACAAGCGAACUAGCGAGUGAACAAAUGAAUCAUAUYAUCARCAGCGUGAACAUUACGAACGUCAAAUUGAACACCAUAUGGGAUGUUGACAAUACCGAUAUGGGCGUCUGAGGACGAUAAUAUUGAGAAGAGACACCAGGAACUACCUCUGCAAAACAAAACUUCAUGGAUCGUUUGAUUUGCCUGUGUUGAUUGGAUGAGCWYCUCAUCCGAGAUUAGGAAAACCCAGCACGACACGUGAGUCUAUCACUACAAGAAAAACAAUCAGCACUAUGCCUUAGUACUAGUACAAUGUCCACCUGUCACGGAAUAAUACAAAAUAGUACAU